AUGUCCAGUCAAUCACCAUCAUCAACGUCAACGUUGUCAACAUCAUCCAGCAUCAUCAACAAUGGCAUCGGACAUUAUUGUGUACACUCUGAUGUUAACAACAAUAACAAUAACAAUCAUAAUGAACAUAAUAAUACAACAACAACAUCAUCAUCAACAUCAACAACAUCAGCGGGACAAGAUAAGGCCAAACGUGUAUGUCCACAUCUAAAGACAUUCAAGACUAAAGACAAUGGACUGGCAUCACUUGCAAUCAUCAUGAGGUAUCUGGCUAUGUCCAGGAGUGGCGUAGUAGACUCAUCAAAGUUGUCGAUACCUAGUUGUGUAGAAUGUCAUUGCUUCAAUGGACGUAUUCAUCUGUGUCUGCACUGCGUGUAUGCUGGUUGUUGGCGGCAGCAACAUAUGAUCAAACACUUCCAGGAGACAGGACAUUGUCUGGCGAUAGACUCCACCACCUAUCAACUCUACUGUCACUCUUGCUCCGACUACAUCUAUGACAACGAAUGUGACGAACUACUCGAAGACACUCAACUAAACAUUACACUACUAUUACAAGAUCUAACAAACCCAACAUCCAAGCGAGUAAAGUAUCGCGUAUGGAAGCCAACAUCGAAGGAGUCCAGUCUCAUUCAAACAAACUCAAACUAUAACGCAUCAGCAUGGCUUGGUCUACGAGGACUGAACAACCUUGGCAACACAUGCUUCAUGAAUGUAAUAUUACAAUCGUUCAUACAUAAUCCACUGUUGCGUAAUUACUUCCUAAGUGAUAUGCACAGUAACAACAAAUGUGAGAAGAGAAGAGAUCGCGAGAUCCUACAUCAUCAACAACAACAGAGUCAGGACAGCACGAGUGAUGAUGGCGAGUCAUCACACGUGUCUGUGUCGUCGGCACAAUCAGGGUCCACCACUGGCAGCAGCAACGGCAACGGUGGCAACAAUGGCAACGGUGGCAGCAAUGGCAGUGGCAAUGGCAAUGGAAGAGCGUUGGCAGCAACAACACCAAUGCCCACAUGUUUGGGCUGCGAGAUGGACAUACUGUUCACACAUGUGUUUAGCGGCAUGAAGAAUCCAUACACUCCACAUCACUUCCUGUACAGUUGUUGGAGUUACUCAAACUACUUGGCGUCGUACGAGCAGCAAGACGCCCAUGAAUUCCUCAUCUCGGCGCUCAAUGGUAUCCACACGCAUUGUGGCGGCACACACAACAAGGACUGCAACUGCAUCAUACACUGCACGUUUGGCGGUCUGUUACGAUCAGAGGUCAAGUGCACAUCGUGCAACUUCACGUCGUCCAUCACCGACCCUUUCAUUGACAUCAGUCUGGACAUACCAAAGAGCCAUGCCAGCAGCACGGCACAUCAUCACCGACAUUCCUCAUCCGAUGACAAUCAUGGCAAUCAUGGCAACAACACAUCCAAUGGCAAUGGAGUUGAUAGAGGACACAACACAUUGUUAUCAUGUUUGGAGAGAUUCACACAACCAGAGAAGUUGGACGACAAGUACUUUUGUAGACGAUGUAAUACCAAGCAGGACUCGACCAAACAGUUGUCAUUCGAUACACUUCCAGUGGUGUUUUGUUUCCAUCUGAAACGAUUCGAUCAAUCAAAGAAACGAACACACAAGAUUGACACAUUUAUCGAGUUCCCUCAGAUAUUGGACAUGAGUCCUUAUACAUCCACUCAUAAGAAGAAAAGCCUAAAGAGGAAGCAUAGCGAGAUUAAUGUUGAACCUCAACAACAAUGUACAGAUGAACAGACCAAUGGAAAGGUGGAGGAUGAGGCAAUGAUCGAUCAGAAUACGACAUCAAAAACAACAACCAACGAGAAAGAUACAGAGACAGAGACAACAGAGACAACAGAGACAACAGAGCAAACAACAGAGAUAUUACCAACACUGCAUGAUGACAACUAUACAUAUGAACUGUUUGCAGUGGUCAAUCACACUGGAAAGAUGGAUGGAGGUCAUUACACAUGCUAUGUCAAACACAAUGAGAGAUGGUUCAAAUGUGAUGACUCUAUCAUAUCAAACGCAUCACUCUACAAUGUUAUUCAAAGCAAAGGGUAUCUUUUAUUCUAUAUGAAGAAACAACUGGAAUAUAGAAAGUCAACACCAUCCAAGACGAUACCAACUGUUGUUUAA